CUAGCAUUGUUUCCGGUUGUAUUCAUCAAGCUGGAGAGCAAUUAAUUAAUUUCAGGAAUAUUUCUAAAUUUCAUUUAAAAAAUGAUUAUUGAGCAAGUUGAGGCAUUAAAAAUUUGGUUGACCAACAAACUCUCACCCAUGUAAGCACUCUGCAUGCAUGCAAUGUAUUAAUUUGAAUCUUAAUAUACGCAUUGCACAUCACACAAGUCACAAGUGACAAUUAAAUUGCAAUCUUGAAUCAAUAAAUUCAAGUAAAAAUUCAAUAUGGCAUAUAGGAAUGAAUUUCGAGUGUUGUUGAGUGAAAUUAAUAAUUCGUUAGAUUUACUGUAAGUUGUAAGAUUGCACUAAUUAAUUGGCAGAUAUACCGAUAAUCAAUAAUCAGCUGUUUUGUCAGUAAAUUUUGAGUUAAAGCAGACCUGUAUAUUUUUACGAUUUUGGCGUACAAUGUACAAUUUUGAGAUAUAUAUACUUUACGUUUAUUUUUUACUAUUAAGGUAAUGAGUUGAAAGAUUUUGUCAUGAUAUUGUACGAUUUUAAGAGUUGGAGGGUAAACAGGUCUGGUUAACGGUAUGGGUUUUGCCUAAUCGCAGUGACGUCACCUUGGGGAAUCCCAACACUGGACUUAGGGUGAAUAGACCUAUUCAUUGUAGGACCCAAACUAUGUGUGUGAUAACAUUCCUGUUUUUUGUUGAACAUUAUUCCCCUCCCCAAACCCCUCCCCUCACUUUAAAUACCAAAAUAAGUAACAAAGAAAUCCAUAACUUGCAGGUGAAUACAAAUAUCGAAAUUUUUUUAAUAAGGCGCUGUAGACAGAAGUGGACCUGGGGGAACCUCCAUGACCUAUACUAUAUACCGUGGAACACAUUGUCGGCCUUACCGCUAACCUAAAAUAAACCGUUUUGUCCCUUUACUUUUCUGCUCUUUUGAUUUAGACAGGCUAAUUAGCCUAUGAGGCUAUGGCAAGGAAAAAUAUUUUAAAUGAGUCUAAAUUAUGAAUCUAAAUGAAUAUUUCAUAAUGAAAUCAAAAUAAAAAAUAAAUAAAAUUCAACUAUACCCCUAAAUAGAGCUUGGCUUAAUCAGAAGAGAACCACACAUUUUAAUUUUCUAUCACCAAUUUGUUUAAAAAGUUAUGAAUUUUUUAAAAAUUGGGGACAGGCUUCAAAUUUUAGAGGACUUAACACAAGUAGGUGUAGGUUUGUCAUCCGCUGUCUUCUAAAAUAACUAAGUAAUCAGUAAGUUGUAACUUUCAAAUUUCUUGCACUCACAGCCAGUUAUAUAAUAUAGCAAAAUAUUUACUAAAGAGUACUAUUUUAUAAAACUAUAUUUAUACCCUAAAACAAGAAUAAUUAACAUUUCAUCACUUUCUUAUGCAUCUUACCAUAUAACUUUAUAUAAACUAAAAAUAAAGCAUACCAUUCCCCCUCAGGAAAAUAAUACCUUGACCCCAAAGUAAAAUUCUUUACUUGAAUCGAUAAUACCUUGACAGUCUAAUGAUUUACUGCACCUUCUAAAGAAAUUGUAUUGCAACAAAAGAAAUAUCAUUCAAUAUUUAAACAUUUUUAUAGAAAUAAUUAUGCAUUAUUUUUUUUCUUCUCUUUUAUCAUAAAUAAAAUACAGAAAACUUUAAAAUAGGCUAGUAGUACUAGUAGAUCGUUCCAAUGAAAAAAAAUUAAAAUAUUAAGAAGUCUUAGAAGUGCUGACACUAAAUCACAAAUACGUUAAAGAAACGCUUCUUUACAAUAUAUAUAAUACCUAAGAAUGAACUAAUGUUUUAACUUACCUAUGGCAGUUUUUAAAUCCAUGGAAAAAUAACUAAAUUUGGCUAAAUUGCUUAUACAAAAAAAUCAGCUUGCCAUGCUCUUACAGAGGUCUUGACUGAAUUUUUGUUUUAGGAAUUUGAUGACAUAUUUUCAAAGCUUGCGCACUUUGCAUCAUGAAUGGGGCAUUCCCAAAAAGUUAACAGUUUUAUUAUAAAAUUGAUUGGUUUUCAGAAUAUGUAUUUUUGCUUAAUGAUGGCAAAAGCUAAAAAAAAAUGAAUUUUUUUGUCUAAAAUCAAUGUUUUUAAGCAUACAUUUUUAUUUCACACCUUGCAAAAAUAUAUCAGAAUAAAGAUCAACAUCAGUACUUUCUAAACCCGUUUCUUCCAGUCCAAAAAAUGUGAUUGAUAAAUAUGGUUGAUGUGACCCGAUUUUAAAAAACAAUUCUCAGUGGCUUGUUUAGAAUGCCAUUACCUAGGAAAAGGCAAAAAAUAAAAAAUUUCUUUUUCUAAUUAUUAGUAGCAUGAACAUGAUUAUUAUAGUUCCCUUUAAGUUUUAUCAAGUCUUAAUUCAAAGCCAGUUAUUUAAUCACUGAUAAGAGCAUAGUAAAAAGACAUAUAUUUUACAUCAAUCAGCAUGUUCAUAAUAACACACAAGCUUCUUAAUUUUAAAUAAUGAAGUUCUUCAAUAAUAUGUUCUCAGAUGUGAUGCAGAACCAAGUGCUUUAGCAAAGUAUGUUUGUGCUUUGGUAAAAAAAGACAAACCAGAACAAGAUUUACGGGAUAUAUGUGUUGAUCAACUUGAUGUAUUUCUUCAGCAAAGUAAGCAUUUAUUUUUCUUCAGAAAAUUAGUCCAUAAUUUUCUGUUUAUCAUCUACCUUACAAAAAUUAAUUUCUUCAUAAGGGUUUAACCUAUAAUAUGCUAUGGGAAAUAAAAGAAAAAAACCCUCUAAUCUCUGUUUGAUUGACAGAAUUUCUUAAUGAGUUUACAAGUUUUAUUUAAUAAAGAGGAAAAGAUUAAUAAUAUUAUAUUUGUUAAAAACUCUAUUUUAAAGCUUUCAUCUAAGAUGUGAACUAUAAUGUGUAAAUAUUUUCUCUGAACAUUUAAUAUACAGACACGAAACCUUUCGUUGAUGAGCUGUUUGAAGUUCUUAAGACCAAGCUUUAUAUACCACCUGCAAGUGAGGUUAAGCCUCGUCCUGCCAUUGCCCCUCCUAUUGCAAUUAAAGCAGAUGUCAAGGUAGCUCCACUUCCGCCGGUCAAAGAUAAAGAGGAACCACCAAAAAGAAAAUUCUCUGAAGUAAUAAAAAAAAAAUUCUUUACAUGUCUUAUUCAAGAGCAGUGAAAUAUAUUAUUUUCAUUAUAAGAAAAAGUGGGAAAUGUUUUGGUAAAUUAUUUUUUUUUUUUUUUUUUUUUUCAAUUUGGAAAACAAAAUGAAUCUGUCUACAGUUGUCUUUUAUGUAAGCACUGUACUUGCUUGUAAUACCUUUAAAAAUGAUGUUUAUCCUAUUACUAUUAUAUUAGAAUUAGAUUAAUAAAAAAUUACAUGUUUAGUUAAUGGAAUUGCUAAUUUGAAUCUUAUAUAAUUGGGAAAUAAGAUUUGAAUUGUUGAUAGUGUAAAAAAAUUACCUAUCUUAGAUGUAAAUGUCUAAACAAGUAAGUUAAAUUUUUCAAAUUUUACUCGAGACACUAAAAACCUAAUAAACUUUUUAAAAACAAUUUUCAAAAGUCUGGUUAGCACAUGUAACAGAAAGUCUGGUUAGAACAUGUAACAGAAAAUGUACUUUCUAUAAAUGCAAAUUUUAAAAUAUCUUUACAGGCAUUUACAGGUCAUGGGGAAGGCUUGAUCUUAAUAAUUUAAAAAGAAAAAAUACAUCAUUUUUAAAAUGAUCCGACUUAUCUGUUUAUAGAGUUAGGCAAAGUACCAUAAUACAAAUAUAACAUUAUGGGUCUUUAUUUUCUUUGCUAUAAUCUCAAAUUUUUAAAUAAAACAACAAAGAAACACUUUUUAAAUCUUUACAACUUAAAAAAUUGUUUUAAAUAGUUUUUAAUUGUUUUUUCUUACUCAAUCUGAUUAUUUGAAGCUCUUGCUUGUGUCACAACAGAUUUCAUCUACCACGGAUGACAAAGAAAACAAGGAAAGUCAUUCAGCAGCACUGAACACCAGCUCACUACCUGCUUCUAAAGAUACCGCAGGUGAUCUCAGAGACUCUAGAGAACCACACAGAGAAAACAGAGAGCCCAGGGCGACUUCCAGAGAUGGGCGUGAUAGGGAAAGGGAUAGGGAGGGCUCACGGGAUCGCAGGGAUUCUUGGAGGGACGACAAAAAUAAAGACAGCAUUCGUGAUGCUCGAGACAUCAUCAGGGAAAGGGUAGACAGAUUCGACCCAAGAGCAGAUACAAGGGAAGUACGUGAACCCAGGGAUAGGGAUCACCGGGAUAGAGACAGGGAUUUCAGGAGAAGGAGAACAAGAAGUCGUAGCAUUAGUCCUCGGCGCCGAGAAUAGUAAGUUAUGUUUUCCUAAUCAAGUAUUGAGAAAACAAGUAUCUUAUAGCUGUAUUGUAAUGUGUCAAUUAAAGUAUUUCAAAUGAUUGAAAUCAUAAUUCACAAUUUAGGACAAACUACUAUGCUGUAGCUUCUAAAGACGAAUACAUUUCAGUAGUGAUGUAAUUUUAAAAUUAUAAUUUUUAUACCUCUUAAUAUUUAAUAAAGUGAGGAUAGGCGGAGAAGAUUUGAUGAGAGACCCAGAUAUUCACCUGAACGGCGAUGGGGGCGUCGCAGAACGUGGUCACGUAGUCCUCGCAGAGUUCGUUCACCUGUUGAUAGAGGUGUCAGAGCUCUGCGGUCGAGAAGUCCAAAGUUAAGAAGCAGAAGUCCCAGAGAUAUCAGAUAUCGACCCCCUUACAGGUCAAGAACUAGAUCAAGGUCUCGACCAAGAUCAUGGAGUAGACCUAAUAGUCCGGUUCGAUUAAGGACAAGGUCCCCCUCUAAUGGUUAGUUUGCAGUCCCCCUUUUGGUAACUUUUCCCAUCCUAGUUAAACUCCUGUAAUUGUGUUUUUUUUUUUUUAAAUAAUCAGAACAUCAAAUGCAAUAUUUUUUAAGAUGUUGUGAUCGUUUUCUCUCUGUUUUCAUGGGGUCUUUGGUAUUUUAUUUUUUCUACUCCUUUUGUUCCUUUAUAAGUAUAUCUAAAGCCAAGCAAAUUAUUUUUUAGAACAUGAUGUUGUAUUCAUUUAUACUCUUACUGGGACUGUUAAAAAGGUUGAACUUUCGCAUUUUCUUUUUUCCAUUCUGGGUUUGUGCUUAGCUAUUUCAAAUUUGUGGGUUUCUAAAAAUAUUAUAUGCAUGCCAUCAAUAAAUGUUUAUCAAAUAGCCCGCCAACCUGACAGUCGAGGAUCCACACCUCUUCAAGACAAUGAUUAUAUCUCUUCGUCUACGAAUGACCUCCCUGCUGUAACGAGCACAGUUGGUUUUCGUAUAGAAGAAAGGGCUGACAAUCGACUGCCUCCAAAUUUGGAAGCUCCCCCACCUCCUGUAUUUGUUCAGACUGGCAGACCAAGAUGUCAAAAUUUUGAAGGUAUGCAUGUGCAUUUUAUGUUUGUUUACAGAGUGAGACAGCUCAACAUUGCUUGGGUAGUUUUGACAAUUUUGUAAUGGUCAGUGUUGAGUGCAGUUCAUGAGAAAUGAAAAUUGAGCCAGAUUGGUUCAACUGUAAAGCCGUUUUGCGGUAGAGCCACUCGGCUUGAGGCCUAAAUCAAGUUUACAUUGUGUCUAGCCACACAUUAAAGUAAUGCGUUUUCUUCUUUAUAUUUUCAGAGAAGGGUUUUUGUAUGCUGGGAGAUGUUUGUCCUUAUGAUCAUGGGUCAGACCCUGUUGUUGUUGAAGAUGUGGGCAUUCCCAAUGUUCUGCCAGCUAGUAAUCCUCCAGGUCAGUGUCUGGUGGGACUUUGAAAAUGUUAAAACUUUUCUCUAUGCUGCUUUUGGGAUGGCUGGUAUCCUUUGCAUGUUACUUUCACUAUUUUGAUGAUUUAUUAUUUUUUUAAAUAUAUUUUUAAAUUUGGCUCUAGCCGAGGCUGAAAAAUAAAACCUGGUUUGAUGUACUCUUUAAAUUCAAAUCUCUAGUUAAAGUAAAAAAUCUUACCUUUAAAUGAUUAUCACAAAUUUACUUAAAAGCCAGCCUACCAAACACAUAACUAAAGUUUAAAAUAUUCAGAAAUAAAACUAUUUACUUGAGUGUUUGACUAAUGAGGUUCAUAAUUUCAUCGCUUCUCAAAAGUAUUUUUUAAUUUCUGUAUAACUGCAUUUUAGAAUUAAUCUAAAAAUAGAAUCUUGUAUUUUGCAUGGAUGUCUUCUGUAAGCUCAAAUUUACUAUAAAAAUAAAUAAGUAUUUUGAUAGAUAAGUUGCUGUCUUUAUCAAAAGUUAUUCUGUUUAAUUUUAAUUCAGUUUAAAAAAAAGAAAAAAAGGUUUCAAUAGCUCAAAUACUCAAAUUUGCUAUAAAAAUAAAUAAGUAUUUUGAUACAUAAUUUACAGUCUUUAUCAAACGUUAUUCUGUUUAUUUUUAAAUUAAUAUUUAUUUUUUUAAAUAAAAAAAUUAGGUUGCAAUAGCUAUAUAAAUUUGUAUAUUUUAUUUGCCUUAAAAAAAAAGAUAAAACUUUCUGCACGAAAAUAGAAAAAAUUUCAUUUAAAUCAGUUCCAAGGCUUAUGAGUGGAUUGUGUUCAGAGCAACUUUAUAACAUAAGAAUCUUUUCACUUGUGUAAACAAGGUUUUUUUUCCAUUCUAUUUUCAUAUUAGGUUUAUCAUCUUCUGGUGCAUUUAUUCCCCCUGACCUCCGUCAGCCCCCACCAGGUCACAUGACAAUGCGCUUAAAUUUACAACGUCCACCACCACAACAUGGUAAAAGUGCAAAUUUGUUUUCAGUAACCUAUAUAUAUAUAUCUAUGAAUGCCUCUCUUGGUGUAGGUUUUUUAUCGUUAUUACAUCAAUUUUAUUUACGACUUCAUUCUUUUCUGUAGUAAGCUUUGGGGUAAUGCAGGCAAUUAAUGGUAAUAUUCAUUAAAAUAUUGCUUUUAGUAAAUUCUACAAAAAUGUCAUUAAACUGAAAGGGUAUUUACUAAAGAAAAGUCUAAUACCUUAUUAUUUUCUUAUUUCAGUAGAGCCAUAUUUACCAGAGGCUCCCAGACUACAAGGCCCACCAAGACAGCCAUUCAUGAGAGGUCCACCAGACCUGCGUCAACCACCACCUGGGAUGAUCUUAAACAGACUACCACAUCCUGAUCAAUUUUAUCCCAGGAGAGAAGUUAUAAUGAAUCGCCCGCCUGCACAUUUAGAAGAUGGUGGUAAGCUGUUUGAUUGAAGACCAUGUCUUCUCUUUAAAGAUACAAUAUUUAUUACAAUAAUUAAACUGAAUCAUUUCUUAGUGCUUAACUAGUUUUAUAAGUGUAAUGAAUCCUCAUUGUUGGUCAUAGCAGCAGGGGAUAUGCUCAUUUCUGACAAAGAGCCAUCACGAAUUGUCAUCCCUGCCAAGAGACCCUACAGCGUCCUGGAAAAUGAUAACAUGAACAUUGGACCACCCGCAUCAAGGAUUACAUAUCUUAACCAAAACCAUGCCAUGUAUGGUGUUCCUCCUCCACCACAGCAAGUCCAACCUCAGCAACAAAAUCAAAAUACAGCACCCAUUCGCAGAGGAUUUGACUACAACCGUCUUGGUAAUUUAAAAACGUUAAUUUAGUUUCAAAUAUUAUAUAUUUAUCCUUUUAAAUUUUCAUCUUUUAUGCUUGAGUUAUUGCAUUUGAAAUUGUUCACAACUCUUAUUCAUUUAAGGGGGUAGGCGCCCGAAAAUAUCUAAAUUUUUCAAAAAUUUUCCUUUUUUUUAUUUUUUCAUUUUUACAAAGAUGAACAUUCUUAGAAUCGAUAACACAUCAAUUUAUACUACUUUUUAAAAGAUUUGUUGUGAAACAACUGAUAUUUAACACCCCACCCCACUCUAAAAAUUGACCUAAUUUUGGAAAUAAAAUAAAAUUCAUACAUAUCCCAUGUUUGAGACCUCAAAAAACUAGUUUUAAAUAACAUAAUAUGCUAUUAUUAUAUAUCAACGUAAAGGUAAAUCAAGCAGUUUUUUUUAUAUUUAGAAUCGAAGUCAGUAAAUAUAAUUUCUACAAAUAAUCGGAUCCACAAGCGAAAUGUUUGUAGGAUUUUCUUCGCUUCUAUUUAUAUAUUUUACCGAUUUUCAUUGGUCCAAACGGAGAUACCGUUGACUCGCGCAUGCUCAAACGAGUUGUUUAUGUGUGUUUACCGGAUCAUGGUUCUGUGUACAGAACGAAAUUUUGCAAACGAAAGCAUCAGCAGAUUUUUAUUUUAAAAUACACAUUUACAACCUUACCCAUUCGGUAAAAGCCAGAAAUUCAAGGUAAGUAUACUAAAAAAAAAUGACCUUAAUUUAGCAACACGCAAUCGGUGAUAGUUGAAAUUAUUCAGUUCGGACGUCAGUACUGUCACUGUGUUGCCAUGAUGAUUGAUCGUGCAUGUGGAUUGUUUGUGAGUUUAUGUUUAGCUUAUGCCUUAUGCGGAGAAUUACAUAAGUUUCUACUAUUAGUCUUUAUAUUUACCAAUCAAGUGAAUUGUUAAAUUAUAUGAAUCCUAAGCCUAUUUAUUUAUAGUUGUCUAACAAAUAUCGGUCCACUAUUGAAAUAUCGGCAUCCUUCCGUCUCGUGAGACGAUGGUGCAUCACCGUUGGGUUGGGUUGCAUUUUCUCGAGUGGCUGUGCAGUCCUAUCCUUGAGUGACAGUCUUUACCACAGUUUUUACACACGAGUUCCGUGCUUCCAAAUGUUUUGGCCUUUCUCCUAGCUCUUCUGUCUGCAUCCUCUUCCAUUCUUCGCUCCUCGGCUACCAUGACGCCCUCUUUGACAACUGUGCGCCACGUAGAUCGGUCUUUUGCCUUACACUCCCAGUCACUUGUAUGUAUUUUGGCUGCUUUCAUGUCCCUUUGACAGACAUCUUUAAAUCGCAGACGUGGGCGACCUGUUUUCCUCUUUCCAGAAGCAAGUUCACCAUAUAGGAGGUCUUUCGGAAUGCGGCCGGGACUCAUUCUUUUAACAUGACCUAGCCAUCUCAGGCGUCUUUCACUAAGGAUUGUGAACAUGCUUUGGGUAUUCGCACGCAUUAGGACCUCACUAUUAGUCACUUUUUCUUGCCAUUUAAUACCAAGGAUGCGACGCAGGCAUCUCAUAUGGAAGCUAUUAAGCUUGCGCUCUUGGGAUGUAUAGGUGGUCCAUGUCUCGCUCCCGUAUAGUAGUGUACUGAUGACACAAGCUCGAUAGACGCACAGUUUGGUUUUGUCCGUUAGCUUGGUGUUUUGCCAGACCCGUUUAUUUAGUUUAGCCAUUGUGGCAGCUGCCUUGCCGAUUCUGCUGUUGAUUUCUUCUUCACUGGACAGUGUAUUGGAGACCUUGGACCCCAAGUAGGUGAAGCUGUCCACAACCUCCAAGUUUUCAUUAUCGAUUUUUAUGUUAGGUGGAGGUCGAGUGUCUUGGGCCAUGAUGUUUGUCUUUUUCAAGCUGAUUUGCAGACCAAAUUCUUUGCAAAAGUUAAUUCUUCAGUGACAAGAAUGCUACAGAGGGACUGCUAAACAUUGAUUUCGAUAUGAUCAUAAUUCAAAGCUUUUACCAAAUUUCUUCUGUCUGCAGUGGAAUGGACAAAUUGCAGAAGCCAUAACUUACAGCUGAUUGCAAAACAAAAUAGUAAAUACUAUGAAUAUAACAAUGACUAGAUUGUGACUGAUUAGAUUGUUCAUAUCAACAACUGGAUAACCAAGUCAUUAUCAAUUAUAGACUCUAAGGCCUGAAGGACAAUGGCAUGGACUAUGAAAAGUUGCAAUCUAUGAUAUCUGCGAUAAACAAUCCAGCUGCAUCGCAAAAUUUAUAACCUGCAUAAAGUAUAAAAACUGCGCUAUGCCGAAGACAUGAAACAUUUAUGAGCAAGUAUUUGCCCAAUUAUUACAUUUCUAAUAGACAAAUAACUCAUUCACCUCUGGUAUGAGGGACAUCUUUGAUGAAAGAAGUACACAGAAUAGGUACAAAAGUUUCAACAUAGCAUUGUUGCCAUGAAACUAUUUAUGCUUCAAUUUCAGUGAUGGUGACAGCAACAUAACCUUGUCAUCUAAGCAUGGUUAAAAGGAUCAUGGACAAAAGGGUUGAUUGGGGACUUUGGGUAACUUGUGUUAUAUUAUAAUGCUGAACAAAAAAUUCUAAUACAACACAAAUUAGCUUUAUUCCAGAGGAAUUUUUUUUUAAAUUGUGAUUUUGACAAGAGCACCUGAUGAAGUUCAAGAAGUUAAAACCCAUGUUCCUGGUGCAUUCAACUGUUCAAUAAUAUAAGAAACCACCAUGUCCAUGUUGCUGAACAAAAAGAACUAUGUAAAAGAACUUCAUUUUCAUAUUAAACUUAAAAUUUUUUCACUUUUAAAGUUUAAAAUUGUUUUUUUCUGUUGUUUUGUAACGUAGAAUUCUAAAAUCUCAGCUAAUAUACAAGCUAGAGUAAUGAAAUUUGGUGUGUAUCUUCCUUUAACUAUUUUGCGGGUAAUGAGCUAUUCAAAAAUCAAUUUGGUCAUUUACUUUUGUUAAAAUAUUUUUUUUAUAUCCUAGGAUGGUAAAUUUGCAGGGGCAAAUUUUAAAAAUUUAAAAAAAAAAUGUUUGAAAAGUUUGAAGGAAAUUAAACUAGCUCAGUACCUCUAAAUAUAAUUGAAGUUCAUGAAUCAAUCAUUUUUUAAGCAAUAUGUAUGUUUGCUUUUAAAAUUUUAGAACUCUAAGAAUGGGUAUUAUUUUCAAGAUGGCCGCCGUUGCCAUGGCAACUAUAUAAUUAUUUUUUUUUUUAAAGCAUGAAAAUAUAUCUCCAUUCAUAGCUUAACAUGACCAUAAUAAAAUAGUUGCUCUAAGUUGGUUAAUUUUUAAAAAAAUAUUUUUGGUAGCCUGCCCCUUUAAAACAAAAUAUUUUUGACAAAGGCACCAAAAAAAAAAAUAGAUUCUGUUUUUGUAAUUUCUGCUCUUUUUACAUUACAAUUAUUUCAUUUCUAUUAACAUUUCUUUUUAACUAGAUUUUUACUGUUAUCUCUUUCUAUAGGCCGUGGAGGUAAUAGGGGUCAAGGACUUAGGCAGCCCUUCAAAACUGGUAACCUCACACUUGAGGUUCGCAAGAUUCCACCAGAGCUUAACAAUAUUGCCAAACUUAAUGAACACUUUGGGAAAUUUGGAAAUCUCACCAAUAUUCAGGUAUUUGCAUCAUUCAAAACCUUGAUAGUAAAUACAGACUGGAAUUCUUGACAUUUUUUUGGUUUUAUUUGUGUAAUUUGUGAUUUAUUUUUCUGACUCAACUUUUUAUGUAGAAUUCCAGACUUAUUUUUAACUGAUGUGUUGUCAUUAAAUUUGUAUCCUCAAAAUGUUGAUAUUUUGACCAGGUGAAGUAUCAAAAUGAUCAAGGAGCUGCACUUAUUUCUUUCUCUAACAAUGGAGAGGCAACAGCUGCUUAUAGAAGCCCUGAGCCUGUCUUCAACAACAGGUUCAUCAAACUCUUCUGGCACAACCCAGAGAAACAUGUCGACAUGGAUGGUGAAACAGAGAGCCCUGUGGUCACUGUCAAAGAUGACGGGAGGGAGGUUCAAGUUCAAGGUCAAGUCACUGGUGGAAGAGUAGGUGACGGGGUAAGCCUGAAAAUGAAUGCUCAAUGGAUUCAUUUUAUUGUUGAUCUUAAGACUUAGUUUGUCCUCUAAUGUUUGGCAAGUUUCUAACUUUAAGAUGGAUUUCUUCUACAAAGAUAUAAUCCUGUCAUAUGUGCUAAAGGAAAAAUCCCCAAUGAGAUACUAAUGGAAAGAAUUAAAGUUUUUGAUUCAAAUUCAAUCAAAAUAUCAAGGCACAACCAAAUGCCUAAUCUGAUCAAAUCAUCUAUAUCAAUGUGAAUAAAUUUCAAUUCCUCAAAAUUAACACAGCCAACAAUGGCCGCUGUCCAUUUACCUUGUAGGACCUGCACUAGGACAAAUUAAUUUUUUUUUACGCAGCUUGAAAUCAUCAUUAGUAUUGGGCAUGACACAAAUGUUUGAGAUCUUAAAAAUCAAAGUGUUAGAAUAGAUCUUAAAUAAGUUCAUUAAAUAAAGAGAAAGCCAUGAAGAUGGACUUGCCGUACCACUGCCAAUACGAGGAUCAAAUAUUACUAGACAGUCAUUGUUGACCAAGACUGAGAUGGAUUGAUGAUGUAGGGAAAGAUUUACAUCGGCGCAUGGAGGCCGAAAGCCAUGGAUCGAUCAGAAUGGAAGGAUGUGGUGGAACAGGCCAAGGCCCUACACGGGCUGUAGCACCACUAAUGAUGAUUAGUCUCCAUCAUUGAAUCUACUGGGCAAUAAAGAGGAAGACCAUAAAACACAUGAGUAAGGGACUUUGACAGAGAGAGUCAGCGGGAAGUGAAAUCAGCUGAAAUUAAUUGCUCAGAAGAGAGAUACACGGAAAAAAUUUGUGAAUGGCCGAACGACUACUGGCUUAUCAGGCAAAGAAGCUUCAAGUACUGGGCUUGAAAUUGUUACAGUUUUCUUUUAAAUGGAUUCAUAUUUUAAUGAAAGCAGACUUUUACUAUAUUUUUUAUGGCAGUUCAGCUCUCUCUUGAAACUUUGUGAAACUUGUUUUAAAAUCAUCACAUAAGUUAAACAUAGUUCAAAGAAUAGAAUUCAAGGAUUCUGUUUUGGUGAUCUUCAUUUUAAAUGAAUCUUGAAAUCAUCUCUUAUUAAAAUAAAAGACCAAAAAUAAAUUAUAUUAUCUCUGAUUCUUUGUCAUCAUUUGUAAACACUUCAAUUUUAUAAAUUAUUUUAAAAGGUCUUGUAAAAGAUAUCAUACUUUAGAACAUUUAGUACAAUGUGGCUGUAAGAUAUACAUUUUAAAAAAUACUGUAUCGCCUUUCUAAUCUAAUGAUUUUAUUCUAAUGAAAUUCCUACUAACACACAUAUUCUGGUGAAGGUCUGAGAUUACUCUCUUAUGACCCUGGUUGGUAAAUUGGCUACCAGCUCCAUCCGCUGAGCUGAGCCAUACAACAUUUUUCUCACAAAGGGUUCUCCAACCGCCCUGGCUUCCCCCGGGACAUCUAGUGAGGACUGACACUGGAUAUGAUAAACAUGUAAAUCAAACAUAAUUUUUGUAGUUUACAAAUAUCAACCACAUUGACCUCAUUCAGGGAAUUUAUUGAUUUAUCUUUAGAUUGACCAUCCAUCACUGGUGCUGCCUGUGAGAUCAGCCAUACCUCCAGCACAUAAGCUUCAGUUAGACAAUACUAAACCAAAACCUGGUGCAGCUAAUGCAACUUUAGAGGUGUCUUCAAACGAACCAUCAGAUACGGUAAUGCAAGAGCAGUUGAUUUGUUGACUCCUAGAACUAUGAUUAGAAAACAAAAAUUGUUUGGAAUAGAUUGUAUUAUUCUCUCAACAAUAAUGCAACUUUAUGCUUUUUAUAAUUUGUUUAAGAAAUAGUUUUAAAUUACCUGUUACUUAAAUUUUAUUCUUUCCUGUUUUGGGAUUUUAAAAAAAUUGCUCAGUUUGAUUUGACCUUUUUAAUUAUUUUUUUUCAGUCCAUUGUGUACACAACUUCCAUUGGUAACUUGAAAAAGACAGUGUUCAAUCCAGGAGCUACAGUACCAGCACCAGCAGGGGCUGCUGUCAAGACUAAAGCUACAGCUCCUUUUGUGAGCCCCACAGCUGUUAAGACAGCUGAUUAUGUCUCAAGGAUGGAAGCCAUCAAAAGAAUGGAAGAAGAUAAAAAGGUUUGCUUUCAGUUUCCCAAAAUUUCCAUGCAAUAGUCUGCGACAAAUUCACAAUUUGGCUUAUGUGGUAAAGUUAAAGAUUGUAAGAAAUUCUUCAACUUAAGAUGAGAAACAAUAAUUGACUCAACAAUAUUUUGGUAUAAUUUUAAAGCAUAUUUGAAAGCAUUUAUUCCUAAAACAAAACGUAUGCAGGUAGUUAUAAUAGGUUUAACUAUAAAAAUGUAUACCGGUUAAUUAAUCAUAGGAUUAUUUAAUACUUGCUACAGAUUGCAAAGCCUUAAACGUUUUAAUGUAAGCAUAAAAUACAAAAUUUGAUGACACUUACAGUUUAAAUAAUGUAUUACAGCUAGCUACUAUAAAACAAGCUGAACUGGAGCUUAAAAGACAAGAACUGUUGGCCAAACAAAUUGAACAGCAAAAAGUGAGUUCUGCUAGAAAUGAAAAUAUGACUGAAUUAAUGAUUUAUGCACUUUCUAACUCUGGUUUUAUUUGCUGUACUAAUUAGUAAGAUAAUUUUAGAAACAUACUUAUUGAAUUGCUUUGGGUUUUUUUUAUUGUUGAGAUUUUUAAUUCUUUCUGCAGUUCCUUUUGGAAACCCUGGACAAGAAGAAGUCAGUAAUAAGCAAAGAGGAAAAAGCGAGUUUGUUAAAGGUUGUUAGAAUUUUUUUUAAUCCCUACAAAUCCACUAUAGAAUUUGACAUAUGGCUUUGUAAUAUGGCUAUACAUUUUUACAAAAUUUGGCAGCCCUUAAACACAAUUAUAUUAAAUAUUGUGAAAAGUGUAUUCAACUGAUGGUUCGAUUAUUAAAAAAUAUUUAAAAAUUACAAGUCGUUUUGAAAUCUCAUGAUCACAAAGUGAAAAACUGAAAUAAAUGGGACUUACAACCUUUACUUAAGUUAAAUAAACAAUUUAAAGUAAUAAAUAGCUUAUUAUUUGUUUCAAAACAAUCCAAACCUUCGACCCCAUGUUCAUUUAUCUUAAAAAUAAAAUAUUUAUUUAUUAUUUUUGUGACAGGCUCUAAGGACAAUAUCUGAUGCCAUAGAUAAGGUUAAAUAUAGCACUGGAGCUAAAAAGCCAGCAUCUGCAUUCCAAGCCCCUACUCCAGCUCAGUUCAAAUAUGUCAGCACCCAGGAUCAGGUGGUAAGGGACAAGAGAAAUAAUAUAAUAACUUCAUUUACCACACUGUUGUGAAAUCUCACAUCAUUGAUAGGAUUUCUGUUCAUUGAUGAUUAAAACCUAUUUUGAUAAAAAAGUUUUAUGAAAAUAUAAUUGUACAAAUAAUUGAAAAGAGACCCAGAGCUCAUUGACUAGAAUCUUUUACCAUAAUAGUAUACAAGUGAAAUUGCUAGGUUUUGGAUCUGGUAAUGGUUUUUUGCAAUGCUAGUAAUGAAUGGGAAGAGACUGUAAGUAAAUUUUAGUUUAUUUUAAUGUUUAUUAAUUUUUAUUGCCACCAUUAUAAUCCAUCACAUUUUCUUAAAUCUCAAUUAUGUAUUGUACAUUAUAAAUGCUGCUAGUUUACAUUUAAAGCCUUCAUUAUAAUUUUUAGCCGGCAGCCACCAUUCCUGCUCCUCAAACCUAUGGACGAGGCCGUGGCUGGGCUGGAGGGAGAGGAGGUUGGGUUCCCCGUGGAAGAGGCAGAAACAUGAUGCCAGUCAUUGGCCGAACUCACCUCGAUAACAGACCAAAGACAGUUGAGGUCAAGGGAUUUGACUUGUCGGAACUAGAUGAGAUUAGAGCACAUUUUCAGGUAAAAUAAAAAGGAAUUUAUUUUUGGUGACUUCAUCAUAUGUAAUUUUAAAAAAUUGGCAAUAUUUAGGUUGUAUUGAAUAUUUUUUUUACACGCCAUGAAAUUAAAGUUCUUAAUAUAUUAUCUAAAAGAGUCUACAACUCUAAAUUUUAGAAAAUGCCAAUAUUAAAAAAAACUAAUAGUAAGCUAUAUAUACAAAAAUGCAAUUCUUAAAAUCCUCAAAAUAGCUUUGAAAGUCCACAUAAAGUCAAAGUUCAGAGUUUCCAUAUUCAUGAUUUAGAUAGUUAAAAUGCAUAAAUUUUGCAUAGGUCCAAAUUUUUUAAAAUUUAUGGUACUGAACAAAUAGCCUAUCACCUUUUGAAUUUAUUGACAUCACUUAUAUUUCUAUUUUCUCAGAGAUUUGGAGAUAUUGAGAAAGAAGAAAUAGUUGAAGAUGUACCCAGUGCAUUUUUCACAUUUGCUCUAAGACCAUCUGCUGAAAUGGUAAGUUAUAUAACUGCAAUAUUUACAAGAAAGAACAAACAUCACUUGAACUUGAAACAAUUACCAUAUAAUUGACUAUAUUUCAUGUUGCCCCAAAAAAGAUUUAUUUUUUUUUGCUGUCUUGAGUUUUCUUCCUUUAAUUUGUAAUUUACAGGGUAAAAUUUCCAAGUGGAUGGGGUUGAAUGUGUUAAACAAAAUUCUUUAUUAAUGGUAUUAAUUUCUAUGUUUUUUAAUGUAUUCAUGAAUUAUUUAUUGAAAAUAUUAGUUUUUUUUAGCCCCAUAUGAAGCCAAAUUUGCAGUACCAUUUGUUCACUUAGUUGCUUUACUGAUUCAAUUUGGAAUGGUGGGACUUCCGCUCAUGAAUACCCUUGGUGCUUUUCCCAGGUUAUAAAUAUUUUAAAAAAAUUUUAACAGCAUUUAUAUAACUUUGUUUCAUUUCCAUAGGCUGUAUCUCAAGGUCUAAAAUUCAAGAAAAAGCCUCUUAUAGUCCGGUGGAACCAAAUAACCCCUAAGAUCAGCAGAGCAGAAUCCACUCAAAGUUCAGAGAUGGAUGAUGAUGUGAGUUUGUACGGCAACAAGAAAUCAUUGAUAGCCUCAUUCAGUCUUAAAUAAUUUAAGAAAAGAUAAAUUAGUUUAGCAAUACAGACCAAUUUUUACAUUUGGUUGGUGUUUUAUAUCGCUAAUGCAUUUUCAUGACAAUUCAGUUGUUUUAUGUCUUUAACUUUAACUUAAAACUUUUUUUCUUUAAUUGUUUUUUUUUUUAAAGCUCACGUCUCAGAGACUCCUUCCUAUCAUUCAAUAUUCAGAAUUAAAAUAACAUGUUAAUCAAUAACUAUUAUACCAAUCAUAUUCUCAGCUUUCUGUCACAUUGGGAUCUCUCGAUGAAGAUGGACUACUUGACAUCAGCGGGGAGGAUAAAUCAGAAACCCUUGAAUCCAAUCAAUUAAGUUCAGAAGUCCAGGGUGAUGAAGCCAUGGAUGGAACCAGCUCUGCGUCCGGGCAGCAGGAGAUGGAGGAGGACUCCCGCAUGUUUGUAGACAGCACUAAGGAGGAGGAUCCAAAACCAACGGAAAGAAAACCCAUCAUCUAUGAACGCAGCCUCAGUGAGGACUUGCUAGCUGGAACAGAGCAGCACUUCAAGGCAAGCUACACUGACGAAGAAGAUGAUGAAGAUCAUAUUACAGUGACUCUGUCCAACACGACAUCCAGCACCCCAACCAUAUACACCAGUGGUGGUGGCAGCUAUGGGGCCACUCUUGAAAUGGAUGUUGGGGUUGGAGGAGAUGAUGGGGAAGACCUCAGUAAUACUCUUGAUUAUAAUGAAGAAGGUUCCUGGGACUGAUGCAUUUAUGGCAAUAGGUUUAUUUUUAGAAAAUAUAGUGAGGAGAUGUGAAAUUGCUUUUUGUGAAGUCAACCUGCUCAAGUUGGUGUCAGUAGUGAUGAAAAGUUUUUAAAAUAUGACAAUUUUCUUUUUAAAAACUUGUAAAUUGUCUCUGUUGCUGUGAAUUUGUAUUAGUUUCAUUAAAUUAUAAAUAUAAGUUCUUAUUGAUAAUGCUUUAAAUGGUUGCUUGGAUUUUGUUCAAUUCGUAAUUCCUUUAAAUUUUAGCUGAAUGUGUUACAUGAAGUGACACAGAAAUCAACCCAUAUUAAUAUUAGAUAAUGAAUGCAAAGUUUUUUGCACAAAAAAAAAAUGUUGCUCUUCUUUGAACUUGAACAUGAUAAGAAAUUCAUUUUCUAACAAGAAAUCAAUGAAUGUUAAAAAGUGAUCUUAUGUCCUAAUUUAAACCAUUUAAAUUAUUAUAAAAUAUGAGUUUUAAUGUUUGAACAUGGCUAAUGCAUUUGUGAUGAACUGCAAAUAGAGCAGUGUUUUCCUCUCUGUCAUAUUUUUUUUAAAUAGCCAUUUUUUCACACUCUAAUCGUCUCAGAAGUUAAGCAAUCUUAAAACAAAAUGUUUACAAAAUAUUCAAUGAAAGUUUUUUCAUAUUGUAGCAGUCGGGCGCAAACUCCCAAACCUUUAACUGUUCCACAAUUGAUUCAGUAUUUUCAAUUGAUGCAUAUACAAAAUACUCCAGAUUCUUUCAGUAGUGUGAAGCACACAUAAUUUUUAAUCAAACAGUCGCCCCUUUUUUACAAAAUUUUUUUUUUUGAACAUCAAAAAUGUAACUAAAUCCAUUCAAUUUUGAGACAUUAUCAGUGUAUGCAUUUGUUGGUGAAAUGUGACUUUUAUGUUAUAUGUAUGUUUAUUAUCUAAUUGAUGAGACAAUUGUUGCCAUUGAUGAAUCAUGUUUUGUUUCUUUUAUUAUUAUUAGAAAGCUAAUGUCAUACAAAUAAAUGUUAUUUAUGUUUCCUUAUUGUGACAUUGCACUGUUUUAAUAAUAUUAUGGAAAUUGACAUUUUCAAAGUAAAAAAAACAACAAAAAACAAUGACUACUUUGUCUUAAAUUUGCUUCAUUUAAUUGGUAUUACUUGGAUUUUGAAAUAAAUUUUAGAAACUGGAAUAUUCUCUCAUUUACAUUAUUUAAUUUGCGUUGAUGUAUGACUGAUGAAAUGCAAAUGAUAGGAGAAAUGAAAGCAGAGAAUACUUGUUUAAAAAA